GUGGGAUGGAGCGCGAGCUGCUAUAGAUCAGAGAGGAAGCCGCGCUGACAGCAGGCUUCGGCGAGAUACUCUUACCUGAAGGCUGAACUUUAUCACUAACGCCCAGAACUAUCGCAAAAAAACCCUCUCUCUUCACCUCGCCAUGGACUGUCGAAAAGAGGGCUGCUCUCAGCCACAAGACGAGGACAUCAUGGAAAUCCCACUGGACGACCCAACCGCUAACAAGGCUGCCACUAAGAUCCAAGCUGGCUUCCGGGGUCACAUGACUAGGAAGAAGAUGAAGGAUGACAAACCAAGAGAAGAGAAACAAAGGGAUAAGAAGUAGCGUGAGAGGACCAGGAUCCCACUGCCGCCCUGACAGUUUUCCCACACAUCACGGCAAUAACCAGAGGUCGAAGAGAAACUUUCAGUGUAUAAUAUAUACAAGUGUAAACUUAGAAACUAAGCCUGGGUCAGUGAGCUUUCACUCCUCCUCUGCUUCUGAUAGAGCUCGGACAGUAGUCUGUGGCGCACGAUAGACCCUCAGCAUGUUAUAUACUUUCACGUUCUCAAUUUUAUUUCUUGUUUCGUUUCGCUUCCAGUGAUAAGUCGGGUAAAGUUCUCUGUCGCACAAAUGUUAACUGGUUUUUAUUUAUUUAUUUAUUUAUUGGUGCUCAGCCCAUCUUCCCCUUCUGUAUUCUUACAUUAUAGGAGUAUGCAUUUAUUACACUGCCUUUUCUAGUGUGGCUUUGUUUCUGCCUGUUUAAUAAAGCAAAAAAAAAAAAUGGUUCGGA